GCUCCCAUCGCCUCGCCUCGCCACGCCGCCGAGGCCGAAGCCCUAGCGCGCCGCUCAGCUCCAGUCCGCCCCGUCCCCCACCACCCCCAAGCCCUCCGCCGCACGCGUGGCGGCGGGUCGAACCCGUCGUCCGGGAGCCCUUCCACCCCUCGCGGCGGUUCCCCGUCUCGCCCCCUUCCUGUUAGCCCGAUGACGAGGACCAACGGCGCGAGCGGCCAGCAGCAGCAGGCGUCGGCGGCGGGGAAGCUCCCCCGGAAGCGGUUCUACCGCGCCCGGGCGCACAGCAACCCGCUCAGCGACUCGCACUUCCCAGUCCCGGUGUCGCCCGACGAGGUCGACCUCUCGCAGCACUACCCGCGCUACUUCCCGGCCGACAACGGCGGCGGCGAGGUGGCGCCGCCGCCGCCGCCGAGGAUCCGCUUCGCGGACGUGGGGUGCGGGUUCGGCGGGUUGCUCGUCGGCCUCUCGCCCCUCUUCCCGGACACGCUCAUGAUCGGGAUGGAGCUGAGGGACAAGGUAACAGAGUAUGUCAAGGAGAGGAUAUUAGCUUUAAGAGCAUCAAACCCAGGACAAUAUGACAACAUAUCUGUUGUGCGCACAAACUCAAUGAAAUACAUCCCUAACUACUUCAGGAAGGCUCAGCUCACCAAGAUGUUCUUCCUGUUCCCUGAUCCCCACUUCAAGGAGAAGAACCAUCGAAGGAGGGUUAUUAGCAUGCAGUUGCUGGAUGAGUAUGCUUAUGUGAUGGAAGUAGGAGGAAUCAUAUAUACCAUAACUGACGUUGAGGAACUUGGAGAAUGGAUGCGGUCGUGUCUGGAGAAACACCCAUUGUUUGAAGCUGUUCCGGAUGAAGAGAUAAAAGCUGAUCCAGUUGUCAAGUUACUAUCUACUGCCACAGAAGAAAGCCAGAAGGUUGCUAGAAAUGGAGGGCAAACUUUCCAUGCCAUCUUCAGGCGGAUCUCCUUACAAGAAGAAUGAGCAUUUGGGAUAACCUCGUAGUGCACUUCCCUAGAUCGUGUUACAUGUAUUUGUCAUUUUACAUUUUGUAGCAGAAAUUUUGCUGUUGAAGGUGUUUACUGAGUAGUGAUUUCCCAGUUUCGGCAGAUCCGAAUGUCUACCUCAGCAUUGUGAGCUUUUUAUCAGGAAAGUUGGGAUGAGUUCAAACUCAGAUUCUGUCAUAAACCUAAGUUGCAGGCUUGUACAGUCGAUAGCUAUGUGCAAGCGUUUUCCUAAUCACAUAGAUACCAGGCUUGUGUAUGAAACCAGAGGAUUGUUAUAAGUUGCCACACUCAUCAACAAAAUUGCUUGCAUUAAUAUAA